AUGUUGCAGGAAACACUUUUGAAUCUGUUGCUUCGCAACUAUCUACACUACAGUCUCUACGACCAAGCAGAGAAGCUUAGGUCAAAGGCACCUCGAUUUGAGGCACACUCUAACCAACAGUUUUGUAGGUACCUGUUUUACUUGGGAAAGAUCCAGACGAUUCAACUAGAGUACACGGACGCAAAAGAGAGCCUUCUCCAGGCUGCUAGGAAAGCACCUAUUGCAUCUUUGGGCUUCAGAGUUCAGUGCAAUAAGUGGGCUAUUAUAGUUCGCCUGUUGUUGGGUGAAAUACCAGAACGGUCAAUCUUCACUCAAAAGGAAAUGGAGAAGCCUCUGAGGCCAUACUUUGAGCUAACCAGUGCUGUGAGGAUUGGUGACUUGGAGCUAUUUGGGAACGUCCAAGAGAAGUUUUCAAAAACAUUUGCUAAAGACAGAACUCACAACCUCAUAGUUAGACUGCGACACAACGUGAUCAGAACAGCGCUGCGCAAUAUCAGCGUCUCUUACUGGAGGAUUUCCCUACAGGACGUCGCACAGAAACUAAGGCUGGACUCAGUGGCUGAUGCAGAAAGCAUUGUGGCUAAAGCCAUCAGAGAUGGAGCAAUCGAGGCAACUAUUGACCACAAGAAUGGUUUGAUGGUCUCCAAGGAAACAGGAGACAUCUACUCAACUAACGAACCACAAACAGCUUUUAACUCCAGAAUUGCGUUCUGUUUGAAUAUGCACAAUGAAGCGGUUAGAGCUCUGAGGUACCCACCAAACACACACAAGGAGAAAGAAAACGAAGAGAAAAGGAGAGAGAAGAAGCAGCAAGAAGAGGAACUCGCCAAAUACAUGGCUGAGGAAGACGACGAUUUCUAG